CAAGGAAAUGCACGCGAGUCACUGACAUCACAUCAAUCAGCACCACAUGAUUGCAUGCAUCGACCACCAGACCUCCGCGGCCUGUCGCAUCCCUCACCCAGAAUGGUCACGUCACUCUGCCCCCCUGGUUGACCUGUCUGAUGCUCAAAUUGAUACGUGUUUUGGCCAGCAGGUCCAUCAGGAGGACCACCGUCUCGCAGUUGAGCUGCAGCAGCGACCUCAUGCUCGAACAGGCGAACUUGACAAGGUCGGUGCCGCCACCAGGAACUGAUGAAUUGGACACACAGACGCACAGACAGGCACAAACACACAGACACAGACACAUACAGGUCUCUCUGGGUGUCCCUUUUUCUCUCCGUGGGGCUGCCUACCCUCCAAUGAGUACGACAACUACUUCAUUGAUCUGUGGGAAUCCCUCUCUAUGCUCCCCUAUGUCGAUGGCCCCGCUGCCCACCUCCCGAAUAUCACUCACGGCCACCACGUCGGGCUCCCGCUCACACCCGAUCGCAGUGAUGGCCUCCGCUGCCCGCUCCUCGGUCGUGUUAUCUAUAUAGAGCUCCCGCAAGUUGGGCAUCUUGCUGGCAAGCUGGGUGCCGGCCGCCAAUGCCGUGUGCUUGUCGAGAACCAGCUGCGACGGUUGCGGCAUCAGCUGGAUCCGGUCGAUGAUGGCGAGGUCAGGGUGGGCGGGGGCGGGGGCGGCCUGUGCAGGCUGGUCGACACCGAACACAUGCACACUCGUGGCCUUGUUGAAUGCGAGGUCUCUGGCCAUGUCGAGCAUCGCAGGUGUGGGCGGGGUGGCGAGGUCGGCCGACCUGGUGUCCACUGUCACCUGUCUCGCCUGGUCUGCCAGCUGGCGCAUGAGGGUCUCGAGGACGGGGGAGGGUGCAGAAGGGAAGAGGGGGCUGUGCAGGAGGCUCAGGUCCAGGUGAAACCGCGGAGCCGCACUGGUGAAGCUGAUGGGGGCGUCCCCGAUGCACACCGCGAUGACGAAUGUCUGCAGGGCCUCGGCAAACUGGAAAAGCCUUGGGACCACAACCGUCUCGUCGACGAACUUGACCUUCAGCGACUUGAGGGACCGACGACAGCCUCGUGCCUCGAGAACCGACCCCAGCUCCUGAGGAAGGAAAUGACAUAGGUCAGUGUCAUUGCAGCUGUUGUCCGUUGUGUGUCUGUCUGCCUGCUGACCUGCAAUCGGGUACACCAUACCGUGAACCCCUGUUGAUCCAGCAUCAGGUAGCUGGACACCUCCAUCGGCCCGAUAUCCUCCAAGUUCGCCAGCGGCCCCGGCUGUCCCUCCUCUGCAGCAACGGGCACCUGCUUCAGCACCUCGGCCUUCUGGUCGACCGUCGAGGGCACGUCGAACACCCUCGACUGAUGGAUCAAACGAAACGAUGUGCCGGUCGUGCCAGCCAUCUGCACACACCACACGUCCACAGCAGAUGAAUGAAUGAGUGAAGGCGCUCAGCUGGCGGGUGAGUUCAGUGACACCUGAUACGUUCGUUCUCAACGGUGCGAUGAAGCUAUUUCUCGAGAGGUAGAAACAUCAGCGGCCCUCUCCAGAACAACCAGCCCGACUGGCCGCUCGGGUGCUGAAUGACUAGCACAUAGGCGGCGGGCGGGGUGGAAAGCGGAGUUUGUGAGCCGCUUGCCGAGCGAGAGUGAGUCACAGCCUCUUCAUCGCAGCCUGCAGCACACGCAACCAGGCAGACAAUCCAUCACCGCGGCAUCAUCGCCUCCUCUCUCUCAUCGCACCUUAUCGAGAGAGGCGGAAGAGAACACACGCUUUAUCGUUCAUUCUUUCAUUCCUUCGUUAGAUGGAUCCGCAUACGGAAAGCGUAUGAUCCGCAUAGGAGGUUUGUCCCC